AUGUUCAAAUUGUUGUUAGUUUGUGUUAUCGCGUCAAUGGCUUCAGCUAGACCUGGUGGUUUAGGAUAUGGUGGCUACAGUGGUCUUGGCCAUUACGGAGUCCUGCCAGCAGCUACUAGUUACAGGGUUGAUGUUCACCAUACACCUGUAGUCGCAAAAACCUACGUUGCACCACUGGUCAGCUACAGUGCUCCCUUAGUAACCUCCUAUGGCUUGGGUCACGGAUACGGACAUGGUUUAGGAUAUGGUUAUGGUAUAGGACACGGUUAUGGUCUAGGUCACGGCUACGCAGGAUUGGGCCAUGGUUACUCUUUAGGAGGGUAUGGACAUGGAUGGUAA